ACGAGCAAGCUAGAGCAGCUAGUUGAGUGACAGCAGGAUAGUGUUACAUGGAAAAGAUGGCUGUUAACAGCGGAUUUGAGUCGGGGACCAAGAUCGUCUCACCCAAAGGUAUCAAGGUUCAGAAGAGGAAGGUUAGAGCCACUAAUAUAGCGAAUGAGACCGGUUCGUUAUCUAAUAACCCUAGCCAGCUCUUGAACCAUGCAUCGCAUUUGAAGAAUGCCCAUAUGAAUGAAAUCAAAAAGAGGAAACGUGAUUUUUUCAAGAGAAUCAAUUAUCAUCAUACCUUGACGGUUGCAAUUCUUCCAGUUCUUGCGUUUAUAUAUUUGAUUGAGUUCCAGGUCCCAUUGAUUCCAAUGAAUACCAAAACGUUUACGUUUGCGUGUAUCUAUUUCAAUUUCACCUUAUUAGCAUUCACCUCGGGAUAUCAUAAAUGUUUUGCUCAUAAUGCAUUUCGAACUAAGUAUAGAUUUUUACAUUUAUAUUUUCUUAUAUUUGGAUCAAGUCUUGGAUUGGGCUCGGUCAGACUGUGGGCCGCAUUGCAUAGAGCGCAUCAUCAAUACACUGAUGAUACUGAACGGGAUCCAUUUUCUAUUAAAAGAGGUUUAUUAUGGGCCCAUUGGGGGUGGUUAAUAAGAAAACCUAAGAUUGUUAGAUUUUAUGAAGAAUUCGUUGAGCAAGAGUUCCCCAAAACGAUUCAAGCUAGAAAUAUAGUUAAUGAAGUCAACAAUCCACAUGCAGAAGACAUUGAAUUCGAAGAGGCAGAAACGGUUAGAAGUGAAUACAAUAAUACAAUUCAAUAUUUAAUCUUAUUGCAGGAAAAAUAUUACCAUUUGUUUUUUUACUUGACAACAUUCAUCAUACCUAUAUUGGUAACGGUAUACUUCUGUCAAGAUACCUGGAUUAAUGGUUUAUUAUAUCCAGGGAUUUUAAGAAUGUUAUUAUGUCAACAAUGCCAGCUUAGUACUGAAUCUAUUUGUCAUUUCCGCAAAAUUCAAGUGACUAUUCCUUCACAGCCUUUUAAUGAUAAGAAUAGUUCUUUAAAUUGUAAUAAUCCUUUGAUUUCGUUAUUGACCUAUGGUCAAUCCCAGCAAAAUUAUCAUCACGAAUUUCCUCACGAUUAUCGUGAAUCAUCAUCUUAUUUUGCAUUCGAUCCAACAAAAUGGUUUUUAUGGACUUUAUCAAAAAUCGGUUGGAUAGAAGAACUUUGCCAAACUCCAGAGAACCUUGUCAUGCAGUUGAAAAUUCAACAACAACAAGAAAUUAUCAAUAGAUUGAAAAGUCAAUUAAAUUGGGGUACUCCGAUUUCAAAGUUACCCUUGAUUAAACCAAGUGAAUUCAAUCAAAUUAUCUCAUCCCCUCAGCAUGAUGAUAGAAUCUAUAUUGUCAUUCAGAAUAUUAUUCACGAUGUAACCCCCUUUGCUGAUCAACAUCCUGGUGGUAUCCCCCUUUUAAAAGCUUCAAGAGGUAAAGACGCUACUAAAGCUUUCUAUGGUGGGGUCUAUGGUCAUCUGACUGCUGCCGUUAAUUUACUAGCUACCAUGAGAAUUGGAGUCCUCGAUCAAGGUAACGACGAAGAAGUUUGGAGACGUGUUGUUCGUGAAGAAGGUGAAGUCAAUGAAAAUGAUUCAAGAAGGGAAAAUAAGCUGCUGUAUAGAACUGCAGAAGCUGCUUAAUCAUAUAAUGAAUCUUUACUAUUUAUUAAUUUAAUUCUUUUUAUUUUGUUUUUAUUUGCGUUUUAUUCUAAUUAUUUGUGGGAUCACUCGGUCAACCUAAUACACCCUUGGCUACUCUUAUAUACUAAUCUAAUAUAUGACUUAAUAACGAA